AUGAAUGAAUAGAUGGCCAUUUUCUUAGCUGUCUUAUGGUACUCUAUAUACUGUCUUGAAUCUAUAUUUGUGUCAAUGUGUAGUUUUCUCCUUAUAUUGAAGAUAAAAGUGAUUUCAUCGCAGUAAACGUUUUAUAUUUGUUGUUAUUGUUAAUUGUGCACUCUAUUUUGCGCCAUUAUUAACAUAAAUAAACAGAAUUAAUAACCUGUUUACCACCAUUGACGGAUGUCCUUGCACAUUUUGCAAUAGCGUAGUGGCGGUAAAUUUGAUAUUUGAAAUACUAUGGAUUAUAAUGUAGUUAUUGUGUAAUAUUAUCUGGUGCAAUGGGUAGUCCGGAAGAAAAUCAAACUGUGAGUAAUAACAAUAGUGAAUUAGAUACGGUAGAAAACGAAACAGGUGGCGAAAUUUCUGAAAAUGAGGUGGCCGACUCAUCCGCUUCUUCACAGAAUGUGUCUGCUUGUCAGGAUGCUAAUACUUCCAAAGAAGAUGGAAAUGGUGCUGGAGGUGCAAAAAAGACCAAAAAGAAAUCACGGCAUGGUAAGAAAAGUCAUGUGCCACCGAAAGACAACCCUGAUCGAAGUACGGUGCGUAGAGUUCACUAUACAGCCACAAAAUUUAAACAAGGCAGAAAAAGAGCCCAAAGUUUUCCAACAAUUUCCAAAUUUUUUCUUCCACAUAAACGCCCACGGAAAGACGCUUUUAUACCACCUACGAAAUUUCUUCUCGGAGGGAAUAUCUCAGAUCCAUUGAAUCUAAACAGCUUACAAGACGAAGAUAUUAACAGAGCUAUGAAUGCUGUCACCCCAGAGUCAUCACCAUUGCCUACACCUCCUAGGCACAAGGCAAAGAUAGAUGUAAUUAUUCCUCCUAAUAUCCGAGAUCCACUUAAUUUGAUGGAACCUGUGGAUAAUGAAGAAUAUGAAAAGAGGUUAGAAAUGCUACAGCGAAAACCCCGCAAAAAAGCAAGGAUUAGACGACGUACAACUGACCAUGUUUCUCCCUCAAAGGAAGUGCCCAUAGAAAAAGUAGAAGGUAUUAAAGAACCUCCUCCUCCUGAGGCAUCAACAUCAAAGUCAAGAAAAAGAUCAUGCAGUGACAGUGAUAAUUCAUCACAGAAGUGUAAGGAUAGUAAAAAGUUGCGACGUAUGGAUUCAUUGGAUAAAAUUGUGAGUCCUGUGGUGCCUCAGCCAGGUGCAUGGAUGCGACCAAGACCACAAACACGUGUUGUCCCUCCUGAGAGACCAGCGUCACCACAUCGUGCUAAAUUAAAGAGUGAAUCUGAAGGAGAGCAUAAAUUGCCAACAUUUCAUCCAAAAAAUUCACGCUAUCAGUAUGGAAAUUAUGAUAGGUAUUAUGGAUACAGGAACUUAAAUGCAAUGAUGGAUGUCCGCCUACAAGUAUUUGAGAUGCAUAAACAUCUAUUCCAAAACAAAGACGUACUGGAUAUUGGGUGCAAUGUUGGUCACAUCUCCACUGCUGUAGCUCGUACACUUGGUGCUCGAUCUGUCAUCGGCAUAGAUAUUGAUCCUGUACUCAUUGGUAGAGCAAGAAAGAAUCUUCAGUCCUUCAUACCUGUUCCAACAGAAUUAAUUAAAGAAGACGAGAAAAAGAUUGACAUGGAUGAUGACAAAAAAUCUGAGUGUGAAAAGUGCAAAGAAGAUAAAUGUGAAGAUUGCAACUUGGAUCAGAAGCAGGAUAAGGGAGAAGACUCCAAGAAGAUUGGAAGGAAAUUUAGGAAGCCAAGAAAGAAUCGGAAGGCCAUAAACAGACAAGAACCUGGGAAAUGCUUUUUUCCAAUGUCAAUGGCAAUGCUGUAUGGACCCCUUGGCGACUCAGUGGCAAAUCUGUCACCACCUACAUUCCCCUACAAUGUUACAUUCAAGCAGGGCAACUAUGUGCCGCGUGAAGAUGUAGCAGUAGGCUCUGGCGAGAGCCCGCAGUUCGAUUUGAUACUCUGUCUCUCCACUACAAAGUGGUUGCAUCUUAACUGGGGUGACGCCGGUCUCAAGCGCGCUUUCAGGCGCAUGUUUGCCGAUUUGCGUCCCGGAGGAAAACUCGUUCUCGAAGCCCAGAAUUGGGCUAGCUACAAGAAGAAAAAGCGUUUAACGCCCACCAUUUAUGAAAACUUCAACGCUAUAGAGUUGUUCCCGAAUAAGUUCCGCGAGUACCUGUUAUCUCCUGAGGUUGGAUUCAGCAAGUGUUGCAUAUUGGGCGUGCCACAGCAUGCCAGCAAGGGCUUCCGACGUCCUAUACAACUGUACAUUAAGGGAGACUUCACACCGAGUAAGGCACGGUGGUCAGAUGCGUACGCGCCCUCAUCCCAUCACCGGCAAGAGGCGGAGCCGCCGCGGAGGACUGUAUACGCACCGAUGGCGCCGGCGUACCGCCCUAGUGACGACGCGCCCUCUUGCGGUGCUGCGACUCCAUACUCACCAAACUUGGACUCGUGCGCUGAUGAUUCGCCGUUCUACAAUCCUCGUAGCGACUCGUACGCGCCGUCGUACCAGCCGCCCAGGCCGACGGUGUACGCGACGCUGCCGUCACCGCUGGGCAGCGCGUCGCCGGCGGCGUCCCCCGCUGCCUCCCCCGCCCCGCACGCGUCCCCCGCGCCCGACCCGAUGUCGGCCCGCGGCUUCCCCGAGCCCCCACGCCCGUACGACGAUUGAGAUCCGCCGAGCGGACUUCUCGCCAUGGACCACUAUUAGAAUGAGUGGACGUGCCUUUAGCAUUUACGAAGCACGUAUGUUGAUACGACUAUUGGACGGUGUACCUUAGAACUGGUGUUCGUUAUACUUGGCUGGAUGGGAAUAAGUGAACGCCAGUUUUAUAAAAUAAAUUUUACCUGUGAUUUAGAUAGGGUCGCAUCUAUGUACGUGCCUUUAUAAUAAGUGUUGAUGAUAAAUGAUUUCACCACUGGUCGGUAGGUCGGGUUAUCGCUUCAACAUAAGAGUGGAUCAUUAAAUGAUUACAGUGAUUCCCGAUAUAAUGCACGUCUUGUCAUUUCUAAGUUCCAUGUCUCCCGCCUUUCUUUUUAAUGUAAAUAUUGGUUUAGAACCAUAGGAUUAUGUAUCUUAUAGGAUGAAUGUAUUUUAUAAUAAUAUACUCGCCCAUUAAUCUAUAAUUGUAUUAUUUAUU